CCCCGGCCCACCGAGGCGGCGCUGUCCCUGACGGAGCGGCGGGAGCGAGGGUUCAGAAAUGGGCAGUGAGAAGGAGCAGAAUCCAGAACAGCACCUGCCUGAGGAAGGGGAAUGGGGUAAGCCGUGGAGAGUGGAUGACUCAGAGGGUUUUCGGAUCCCAGACGGGGAGAAAGAGCACGGGCAAGAGAGCCCAUCGGAGGGUCCGCAAGAGAUCCAUCCCAAAAAGCCGUGGCAGAAAGUCACUGUCCCCGCGGGAGAGCCCAGAGGCCCCACGGCUCACCCGAGGCCCGAGACCGAUGAGAAGCCCUUCAUAUGUGCCCAGUGUGGGAAAACCUUCAAUAAUACCUCCAACCUGAGAACACACCAGCGCAUCCACACGGGCGAGAAGCCUUACAAGUGUUCCGAAUGUGGCAAGAGCUUCUCGAGGAGCUCCAACCGCAUCCGGCACGAGCGGAUCCACCUGGAAGAGAAGCACUACAAAUGUCCCAAGUGUCAGGAGAGCUUCCGGCGGCGCUCGGACCUCACCACGCACCAGCAAGACCACCUGGGCAAGCGGCCAUACCGCUGUGACAUCUGUGGCAAGAGCUUCAGCCAGAGCGCCACUCUGGCGGUGCACCAUCGGACCCACUUGGAGCCAGCACCCUACAUCUGCUGUGAGUGCGGGAAGAGCUUCAGCAACAGCUCCAGCUUUGGCGUGCACCACCGCACGCACACAGGUGAGAGGCCCUAUGAGUGCGCUGAGUGUGGGCGGACCUUCAGCGACAUCUCCAACUUUGGAGCACACCAGAGGACCCACAGAGGGGAGAAGCCCUACUGGUGCACUCUGUGCGGGAAACACUUUUCCCGGAGCUCAAACCUCAUCCGCCACCAGAAAACGCACAUGGGAGAGCAGGCUGGGAAAGACUCCAGCUGAAGGACGAUGAGGGAGAGAGGCGGAGAGACCCCAGCCUUGUGUAGGAAGAUCUCUAGGAUCUGCUGCUGCCCCCUUGACCUCAAGCCCUUCAUCCCACUUUGGAGAAUGGUUUCCUGUUGCCUCUGAAGCCAGGAUCUCUGGAAAGUCCUGAGAAGGGACUCUUGAGUAAGAAUCCUUGCCGCUCUCCAGGCCAAUUUCUUGCCUUGGAAAGUUUGGAGGAUCCAGUCUUGGCUUCAUCUCCUUGGGAGGAAAGAGAAGUAGGGUAGGCUUAGCACAUGCUCAUGUCAUUAGGGCAACCAUCCCCUGGCCUUUGAGGAAGUACCUGUGAGGUGGGCAUCACUGUCUGAAGGUCCUCCAAAUCGUAGAUGAACUGCUUAGGGCAUAUUGUGGUGGCUGUCAGUUCCCAUCUGCUGUGCCCCACCUGCGCUGGGAGGAGCUGCCUUCCCAAUGGAAGGGGCCUCCUCAGCCUGGAGAAGAGGUCUGGUCCUGCCUUAGGAACGAAAGGGAAGCCCUCAGGGAGCCACGAUCCAGGGACCUUCACAGUCCCCCAUGUUUGUGACUUGUUCCCCCACCCUAACCUGCAUCUGUGAUUAGCAGUAAAACCCUUCAAUGAAAA